GGCUUGAAAUAGGUUUUAAAUUCUCUUGCCUUUUUGAACAUGAAUUGUGUUUGUAAAGAGCUUACCAUUGUAGGUGGGGUUAAGAAAUUAAACGUUCAAGAUGCUUAACCACAUCUUAUUUUUUAAAAAAGUCAUUCUUUAGACCUAACUCUCCCUCCUCCAAGCACUAUUUUUCCAUAAGUGAAAGUGUUGAAUUCUGGGAUUUUGCCAGCUAUUAAUUGUAUUUUGAAAAUAGGGAAAUGAUGGGGUUUGAGGAUGCACUUAACAUAAUCUUUUGUAAUCACUUAAAUUUUUGAGGUAGAGUACAGUUUGCUAUACAGAAUGGUAAGGCAGCCAGUUAAAAUAUUUAGUAUAUGGGCUUUGUGUUAGAGCAGAAUUAAAGUGGUGAUGGGUUUUGUGAAGAGGGAAAACUAGCUGUAGAAUAGACUAUUGAUGGUUAGUUUUGGAGAGAUGUAUACUUAAAAUGUCAUUAGGUAAAUUAAUAACCUUUUUAAAGCUAUCAGCAUUCGGUGCUUAGGAGUUAUCAAAGGCAAAGGCAUGUCCAAAAACAAAUUCUCCAGUUAUUCCAAAACAGAAAUGUUAGGUAUCUUGUUUCAUAGGAUGAGUGGGGAAAGGGCCAUAGAGGGUAGUAAAGGCACUGUUACUUACUGCUGUUGCUAAAAACAAUUAACAAAAUAAAAACAGCAGUACCAGUUCUGAUUGUUUUCUUUGGAAGAAAAUUUAAGGUUUAAUAAACAAGUAAAUAUUGAGUGGUGAUAAAGGUUAAUAUACAGAAGCAAGGAAAAUUUCUCAAAUCUGAGUAAUUAUCAACUUGGAUCGAGAGAGGCAAAAGUAGGAAAGGACUGUACUUGAUGUAUUGAGUCAUUUUCCAAAGGGGAAUGUUGAACCCUAGCCUGCAUGGAGGGUAUCUCAGAUAAUGCCUUUUUCAGUGAGGUUGAUCUAAAUCUUUUAAAAAUUCUUUGCUAUCUUAUCAGUAUUUGAAAUUCGUAAUGUUCAGAUGUAAUGACAUCUCAAUUCCUUAAACUAGAAUUUGCUAGAACAUUUCUGACGGUUUGUUUUGUAGAGAUUGGAUGCUUAAAAUGUACUAAGAAAAUUUAUAGUUAUGAGCUUAUAACUUGCACUGCUACUCUACAGGGAAGCAAAGGGUCAUUUGCCCUCAUUGUGGUUGGUUGGUUUGAGGUGUGCCCUCAUGAUUUCCAGGUGUUUGUGAAUCCUUUUGAGGCUCAUUGUGCUGAAGGACAACUGGUGCACGUUCAGCAGUUCCGUUAGAGUCAUUGCCAGUUGAAGGAACCAUCCUUAUCCUGAGAGUCAGCGGAAACUAUCAUUAAUGAGAGCAAACUGGAAAGUUGCCUUCUAUACUACGUAACAGAACCUGAGCUGUAAAUGUUACGCAGUUGUGCUGGGUAUAUAUAUCCAUCAAAAGGCUGUCAUUUAAGGAAAAGUGUGAAGUAAAAAUGCUGGUAAUGGUGAAAAUAACUUUGGGAAAUAAUUCCUUUAUUGUUUUUCUUCUCUGAUUUUGACCAUGUCGUCUUUUCAGUUUUUGGCUUUCACCCCCACCAGUGACCAAAGACUUGACCACUCAAAGUCCAGCUCCCCAGAACAGUGCUCAACAUGGAUACCGGUGUGAUUGAAGGUGGAUUAAAUGUCACUCUCACCAUCCGGCUACUUAUGCAUGGAAAGGAAGUUGGCAGUAUCAUUGGAAAGAAAGGAGAAUCAGUUAAGAAGAUGCGUGAGGAGAGUGGUGCACGUAUCAACAUCUCAGAAGGGAAUUGUCCUGAGAGAAUUAUCACUUUGGCUGGACCCACUAAUGCCAUCUUCAAAGCCUUUAACAUGAGAUUUUUUUUUUCUGAUUUUGAAUUUCUUUCUACCCCAAAGAGUACAGGGGCUCAGGUCCAGGUGGCAGGGGAUAUGCUACCCAACUCAACUGAGCGGGCCAUCACUAUUGCUGGCAUUCCGCAAUCCAUCAUUGAGUGUGUCAAACAGAUCUGCGUGGUCAUGUUGGAGUCCCCUCCGAAGGGCGUGACCAUCCCGUACCGGCCCAAGCCUUCCAGUUCUCCAGUCAUCUUUGCAGGUGGUCAGGACAGGUACAGCACAGGCAGCGACAGUGCGAGCUUUCCCCACACCACCCCGUCCAUGUGCCUCAACCCUGACCUGGAGGGACCACCUCUAGAGGCCUAUACCAUUCAAGGACAGUAUGCCAUUCCACAGCCAGAUUUGACCAAGCUGCACCAGUUGGCAAUGCAACAGUCUCAUUUUCCCAUGACGCAUGGCAACACCGGAUUCAGUGGUAUGGAUGCCUUAGUGUUUUAUUUUUGUAAGGUGUAGUGCAAGACAGAGGCCAGUCCCAAGGUCUCAGUUUGACACUGUUUAAAACAAACUUGGUUACCCAGCAUCCUGCUGGUUUAAACCUGUCUGUCUACUAUGGCUAAGCCCAAGGAGGUAAUGUGUUUGUUAACAUGGUUUUCAUUUGGGAUCAGUUACUCUAAAAGAAAAAAAAAAAGUCCCUGGAAGGUUUGGGGGUGAGGUCUGGGGAUGCUUCUCAGGCAAAGGGUAGGCUGGUAUUUCUUUGAACCAUUCUAACUGCUGCCCCCUUAAUCUGAUCAGCAUCCCCUUUCUCUCCACUCUCUCCACCUUCUAUUCACAGGCUUGGGUAGAGACCAUCCAUUUGUGCCAAAUUGUGUAGUGUUCUUUUGUUUUUGUUUUGUUUUGUUUCUUGGGCUUUUCUGUAUAAGGAAUAACUUGUCCGAUAGGGUUAGGAUGAGACCACCAAACUCAUUUUCACUUGUAUC